CACGCCGAAAGUUUCGUGGAACAACAAGAAAAUAUACUUAAUGAGCACCUUGAAGAAAAACUCCCUAGAAAUGUUAUUAUUUCCGAAGUUAGACAAGAUAAUGAUGAAGUGACUGAUGAAGUAAUUAAUGAAGGAAAUGGUGAAGGGAGCAAUGCGUUAACUA